CAGGGAGACGACGAGGAUGGAGAAGAGCGAGCUGCCCGUGCGCUGGCUUAUCCUGUUCCUGUCAUGCACGCUCAUGAUCGGGAAUUACUACUGCUUCGACAACCCCGCUGCACUCAAGAGUCAGCUACAGCAACACUUCAACAACCUCCCUGCCGACCGCUACGAGUUCCUCUACAACCUGCUGUACACGCUGUACUCGAUCCCCAACAUUAUUUUGCCAUUCUGCGGCGGAUUCCUCGUGGAUCGCCUCGGCGCCCGCGUCACGUUGCUCCUCUUUGCCGGCAUCAUCACAACGGGGCAAGUUGUGUUUGCAAUCGGGUGCUCCACGACGCAGUUUAAUAUCAUGCUGCUUGGUCGAGUGCUGUUCGGGUUGGGCGGGGAAAGCCUUGGCGUUGCGCAGAGCACACUCGUCGCAUCAUGGUUCAAGAACAAGGAACUGGCGAUGGCACUCGGCAUCAACCUCAGCAUUGCCCGCCUCGGCAGCGUCUUCAACAACGAGCUCAGUCCUGAAAUCGCGUCCGAGUACAACGUGUCCAGCGCGCUUUGGGUUGGAGUCAUCAUGUGCGGCGUGUCUCUCAUCGCGGCACUGACGCUCAUCCCGAUCGACAAGCGCGCCGACGCAGCCAUCGCGCGCGCCGCACGCCAUCCUUCGUCGUCGUCGCUUCCCGUGAAGAAGUCGGACCAAAGCAUGAGCUUCAACGACUUGCGGCAAUUUGGUCCGCUCUUCUGGUUGCUGUCGAUGUCGUGCCUCGUCGUAUAUGGCUGCGUGAUUCCAUUCAAUAGUGUCGCCAGCAGUCUCCUCAUGGAGCGCGACUUGUUUAAGUCGCCGCCGAUCGAGUGCCGUCGGUGCGACGUUGGGGCGUAUGCCACACACAACUGUACCGCCCUCGCGCCAUCGUGCCCGUCGGUGCCGCCGUUCGCGUGGCCGCUGCCGGCGCUCAACCAAAAUUGCUCGACCAUCACGACGGCCGCCGAACAAGACCUGUGUUCUCAUCUCCCGCCCUACAUCGACGAACGGUCGAUCAACUGCGACUCGGACGCGUGGAAGCAUGGCACAUACUCUCGAGACUUUUGCAAGCACAAGAGCGCCGCCGCGUCGGCCGCCGCGACUCCGAUGAGCGUUCCAUACCUCAUGUCCGCCGUUUUGAGCCCGUUCAUGGGGUUCGCCGUAGACCGCGUCGGGUGCCGUGCCUUUCUCGCCCUUGCUGCCGCGCUGACACUGGUUGUUGUGCACUUGUUACUGGGUUUGACUGAUGCCACGUACUGGCUGCCGUUGUCGCUCCAAGGGCUCGCCUACUGCGUCUUUGCCGCGGCGCUAUGGCCAUCUAUUCCAUCUGUGGUCGAGCCGCACAUGGUCGGCAGUGCGUAUGGCGUCAUCACAUCGAUUCAGGUGAGAGGGGAGGACACAAUGUUGAUGGCAUCACGGUCGUGUGUGGGUAGAACUUGGGCCUUGCUGGAAUUCCGCUCUUGGUCGCGCUCGAGUUUGACUUGCAUCAGUCGUACAUUCCCGGGGUCGAAAUGCAGUUUGUCGCUCUAGCGGCGCUGGGAGCUGUCGCCGGCAUUGCGCUGAAUCUUGUCGACGCGCGCCAUGGGUCGGUGCUGAAUCGACGGCCCAACAGCACGCCCGCCGACCGACACCGCAGCGCCCACGACAGCGAACACAUGGAAUCGCUCUUGGAUCCAAACCAAACCGAGUUGUAGCCCUCCCUCAUGGAAGCGAGACAUGCCCUCGAACACACCGAUUUUGAAUCCCACGUGAUCUGCUGGCACUACUUCUGGAAUGGCUCCAUGGCGCCGACCACGAUCGCGCCGUCACGGGCGCUCGCGAUGGCGGCGCAGGAGGCCGUUUUGGAGAAUGUAGGUCCCAUCGUCAGAGUGUUGGGGAUUUGGGCUGGAGCGUUUUGAUUGGAGCAAUUGUGGCCAAUCACAUGUCAAGUUGAGGCAUUGGAGGUUUUUGAAAGAUAGAGUAUUUUAUUACAUUUUAACCUUACGAUUUCUA